GGAAGUGCUUUCUCUGGAAGAUGGCAGCUGUGUCGGUGUAUGAGCGGCCGGUUGGAGGCUUUUCUUUUGAAAACUGCCGCAGGAAUGCCGUUUUGGAAGCCGAGUUUACGAAGAAGGGUUACAAGCUUCCAGCAGCCCGGAAAACAGGCACGACCAUCGCGGGGGUGGUCUACAAGGAUGGCAUAGUUCUGGGAGCAGAUACAAGGGCGACUGAAGGAAUGGUGGUUGCUGACAAGAACUGUUCAAAAAUACACUUCAUAUCUCCUAACAUUUAUUGUUGUGGUGCUGGCACGGCCGCAGACACAGACAUGACAACCCAGCUCAUUUCUUCCAACCUGGAGCUCCACUCCCUUUCCACCGGCCGCCUUCCCAGAGUGGUGACAGCCAAUCGCAUGUUGAAGCAAAUGCUGUUCAGGUACCAAGGUUACAUAGGUGCAGCCCUAGUUUUAGGAGGAGUCGAUGUUACUGGACCUCACCUCUACAGCAUCUAUCCUCACGGGUCAACGGAUAAAUUGCCUUAUGUCACCAUGGGUUCUGGUUCCUUGGCAGCAAUGGCUGUAUUUGAAGAUAAGUUUCGGCCAGACAUGGAGGAGGAAGAGGCCAAGAAGCUGGUGAGUGAGGCCAUUGGGGCUGGCGUCUUCAAUGACUUGGGCUCCGGAAGCAACAUCGAUCUCUGUGUCAUCAGCAAGAGCAAGUUGGAUUUUCUCCGCCCCUUCUCGGUGCCCAAUAAAAAGGGCACCAGGCUUGGCCGGUACAGGUGUGAAAAAGGGACCACUGCUGUCCUCACCGAGAAGGUCACUACCCUGGACAUUGAGGUCCUGGAAGAAACUGUCCAGACAAUGGACACUUCGUGAAUGUGCCGGCAUAGGCUGGCUGGUUACUGCUCUAAAAGGCGGGGCACCCAAAGGCCCCUCUCUGGAAGACAUUCGUUUGACCAGUGUGUGGUAAAUGAAACUCAAUAAAAACCAAAUUGGGUGGCUAA